AUGUCAGCAAGUGGCUUACAGAGGAGAAAAAUUGCUGGAGGAAUAAAUUCUAAUAAUUCUUCAUCAUCAAUUGAGGGCAAUAUUUCAACAAAUUUAGAAAGAUCACUUUCAAAUGAAAGUGGCGUUAGAGUAGCCGUAGAUCCAAAUGAUAUGCCAGAUGAAUUAGAUAAAAAACAACCAAAAUUAACACUUAUGGAAGAAGUGUUAUUAUUAGGUUUAAAAGAUAAACAGGGCUAUCUUUCGUUUUGGAAUGAUAAUAUAUCUUAUACUCUUAGAGGUUGUAUUCUUAUGGAACUUGCUUUUCGAGGUAGAAUAGCAAUGAUAAAAGAUCCUGCUCGUCGUAAAUUUCCUCUUUCAGAUAGGUAUAUUGAAGUUGUAGAUGAAAAAUUAACAGGGGAAGUGUUGUUGGAUGAGGCAUUAAAAAUGAUGAAAUCUAGUGAAAUAAUGAGUGUGGGAAGUUGGAUUGAUUUAAUGAGCGGAGAAACUUGGAAUGUGAUGAAAAUUGGUUAUCAAUUAAAACAAGUAAGGGAACGAUUAGCAAAAGGAUUGGUAGACAAAGGAAUUUUAAGAACUGAGAAACGCAACUUUUUACUAUUUGAUAUGGCAACACAUCCUGUAAGCGAUACUACAGCAAAAGAAGAAAUUAUAAAAAGAGUAAUUAAAACUUUAACACAUCUUAAUCACUCAUCGACUUCCUCAAUAUCAGACCCAGAUAUACCAUUUAGUUUACUGCGUACUAUAUCUAUGGUAUGUGCUUCAUACGCAGCCAACGUAUUAGAAAAUGCAUUAGUUCAAUUGAAUCAGGAAAUGAGAGAAAAAGCUUAUGUUAAAGUUGAUGAAAUGUUAAGUGAAUAUUCAGUUUGGCCAUUUGCAAAAAAAAUCAAAUUAGAUAUUCCGGAAGGUAAAGAUUUACAAAUUGAAGUCGUGGCUGCUAAAAUUUAA